AUACUCGUAUCGUCAAUGUCUUAUCAGUUCCGCGAAGAAGUUGAUUGCUCUGAUUUAAAAGCAUACGGUAUAGCGUUGGACCUUCAGUCGAGAACCAUGUGGCGGGUGUUGCUGCUGCUCUGCUCGGUGCAAUACGCGCUCUGUUUCCAACCUCGGAUUAUAGGGGGACAGGACGCGUACAUUACCGACUAUCCAUAUCAGGUAUCCAUUCACGAUCAACAAAAACUGUUGUGUGGGGGCUCCAUAAUCAGCCAAAAUUGGGUGUUAACGGCGGCACAUUGUGUUUCACGCUUAGGGCCCUGGGAACUUAAAAUUCGCUUCGGUAGUACUUUUUACAAUAAGGGUGGCACGGAGAUCAAGCAGGGGCUUCAGGUAAUUCGCCACCCAAAAUACAACAGCGAAACGUUGGAUUACGAUGUUGCUUUGAUAAAGUUACCGCAGAUAAUAUCUACAAGCGAAACCACAAAACCGAUCACCCUGGCGUCUUAUUCGAGCACGGUAAAUGCCAAAGAAAAAGCAGUGGUGACAGGAUGGGGAUAUGUGACGGAGAACGGUCCGAUGUCGAUCUCGUUGAAAAAGUUAACGUUGCCUGUCGUAGACCAAAAGGAAUGCAAAAAGAUUUAUAGUAACGCGAACAUCACGGUGACGGACAACAUGAUAUGCGCGGGCAGUUCGAAGGAAGAAGACUCUUGUCAGGGCGAUUCCGGAGGACCGUUAGUGUAUAACAAAGUCCAAAUUGGCAUCGUGUCUUGGUCCUUGGGCAAAUGCACAGAUCCCAGGUUUCCCGGAGUGUACACGCGAGUUUCUGCUGUGCGACAAUGGAUAAAGGAGAAAACGCAAGUGUAAUAUUAAUGUCCCCCGGCGUACAACAAUCUCGCAAGUCUUAAAUUUACAAAUAGCGUCGGUAAAUUUUUGAUAAAGACAGAGAACGAAAGUACGUCGAGAAGUUCUAUCUAUUAUCCAUUCAUCAAAGUAAUGUACGACUUUUAGCGAUUCAGUUUUAUUCGCGUCGUCAUUUUCAGAUAGUCGAAGCAUCUGUUUUGUUAUAAUUGAUUUGACACUAAUUUAACCGUAUAUAUAGAAAGACAGAAAAAGUUACACAGGGAAAAUCCUCCCUACACUUAGAUACAUCUUGUUCCGUUUCAUUCUGUCCGAAAAAGUAUGCUUUCCUUUUCUAGAAACGAAAUAUUAGAGUUCUUUAAAUAUCUCAAAUAUUGAUAAUUAAAAGGAUUCGUAAAAUAAAAAGGAUUCUGAUGAUUAUCGAUCUAAUAUCAAGUCUUUUUUUACUUUGACUCAUAUACGUACCUCGCAUCGAAUAAUCUUCUUAUGGGUCUGAUACGAAUGGGACUUUCGACGAUUGCGCGAUUCAAAUCGUGAUUUAGAAGUAGAAAACGAGAAGAAAAGAAAAUGAAAAAAGUUAGAUGAACUAGACGAACUCAUCAGCGAGGCUUAUUUAGCAGACUCCGACGCGAAUGCGGGAACGUUCAAUAUUGAAAGGAUUCUUCUUUUCCGAGCGUAUGCGUGAUUUUACUGCUGGUUUGCAAACAUUCGAAAUUUCGACCAAAUUGAAAGUAAAUCCAGUGAGUUCGAAAAUUUAUAGAAUUGCAAACAGUUUCCGAACCGUGUGAUUCAAAUGAUUCCCAUGCUGAAAAAUAUAACGUUUCUAUUCGUUUUGUUUCCUCGAACCUUUUGUAAGAAACUAAAGGAAAACUUUCGUGGUUUCGUUGCUCGCAUUCUUUACCGGAAACGGAGCAGUGUUUCUCCUUGGUACGAGAAAAAGAGGAUCGCGACGGAUCGAAAGGAAUUUACUUAUUAAUAAAGUUAGAGUUACCAGAGAUUGGAAAUUCUAUUUGUUCGUUGCAGUUUUUGAUAUUCAACGGACACGAUGUAGCCGAAGCCAGACAACACACUUGCAAUAACAUACGCUCCUUUUAAUCCCUUCGCUUGAGAUCGAGACAAAAGCAUGAAGAUUAUAAACGUAACGUUAAUAGUCACGUUACUUUCGAUUGACACGUUGUUAACAACCGACUAUGUACAUCUUUGUAUACUUAUACAUACCAACGUAUAGUGGUUCACAAAAGUAGUAGAAUAUACUAUAUGUUUUAUAAGAGAUAUUCUGAGAACUGAUUAACGUGAUUAUAUUCGUGAAAUUUGAAAUAAAUCUGACAACUCUAUCAAAGUAUAAAAUUGUCUAAAUUGUUAUUACAGCAUAGUUUUAUUAAGAUAUGCAUAAUUUUAUGUGCUAGAUUAGAUUAGAUACGUAGUAGUACUACUUGUGUGUAAAUAUCAGUGUAGAAGCAUGUGUGUGAAUGUAAACUGUUCAGUCGGUUAACAGUCGGGUAUGAAAGAAAGUGCUGAGACGCGUGCAAGUGUGUAUCGAUGAAUAUCUUUGGAAUCGUUUAUCAAAUAAAUAUAGAACUAUUCAAAUAUAAGUUCCAAGUGUAAAUUUAGUAUUCAUAUACCAUUAUCUCGGCUAUUAAGAUCAAAAAUUCUCAACAAGUUUAUAGUAUCUGAUAUUAUCAAGCGUUCGAUAAGUUAUACAGCUGUUAAAUCGUAUUAUUGAAAUUUAUAUUCGAUUUUUUAAUUAUAAACAGAAAAAAUUAAA